CCCAUUUACCACGAGCAGAGGAAUAAAUGACCGGCCUGGUGGUCUAGUGGUAUGAUUGUCGCUUCGGGUCGCUUAUUCGCCCGAGAUAUUGUAUAUCUUGCAUGUGACAGGCCCCGGGUUCGAAUCCCGGCCAGGCCCGUUGAAUUUUUGCAGUUUUUGAGGAUGUUUUUAAACUCUUUACCGAAGGCUGAGGAACAUUCGAAACCAUAAACCAUGCUUAGUUUUUACUUUGGAAAGCCAAUUUUAUGUCCUGUGGCUUCGAAAUACGUAAAUACUGCCGAAAAUCCCGAAUCACACUCAGUGAUCGUCAAGGUCGAAGAUUCUCGAGACAUACUACCGAAACUCCCAGAUUUAAUUCCGAAUCACUAUUCGACCUCGAUUCAUAGCCAGCGUGUUUUUUGCGGCAUCAUUUCUCCAUUUCUUUUGGUCUUUUGGUUGUGCUGGGCGAUCCCACCAAUGAGCACCACACUCGGUACCACCACACACGCAACAUCAAAACAUGGUCUUGACCUGCAAAGGGAAGCUCUUAUUAACAACAGUAAACAUUGGUUGAAGCAACCCGACCAUCUAGAUCUCCGAUAUCGAUUGCUGGGCACAACCACGAGACAUGGCCGGCUGCAGCAUCGCGGCCACUUUUCUACAAUGGAUUUGAAUGCCAACAACAUAAACGAAUGAAUCUUGGGCUCAACUUUGUUGGGAAGCCAUAUCGCAGACUAUUAAUUAUGGUCUUAACAUAGAACCUGGUCAAACUCUGGACCUUGGAAAGCUAGCAUCUAGCUGAAAAAUAUUUUUUAAUUGCAGCACUGCACCCAAACUUGUAGCAGCAGCACUCAAUCGACG